GAUUCCCUGCGCUAGGCGUUCCAAUUUCAAAUUUCAGAUUCUGCGCCGUUUCUCUCUCUAGGGUUCCGACCAUGUUCUCCAGCAGCCAGUUCGACGCUCCCUCCGCCUUUUCCGGCGGCGGAUUCAUGCCUUCCCAGGCUCACCCUUCACAGCCCGCCAGUUCCACACCGUCGAAGAGCCGCGAUUCGCAAGGACUGAUUCCAGUAACGGUGAAGCAGAUAAGUGAAUCUUAUCAGUCCGGUGACGAGAAAUCUAAUUUUGUAAUCAAUGGUGUCGAUGUUACAAAUGUUACUGUGGUUGGCAUGCUAUUUGAUAGAAGAGCAAGGUCUUUCAAUGAUAUUCGUUUCCACCUGGAUGAUGGCACUGGGCGACUUGAGUGUGUAAGAUGGGUAACAGAAAAUUUUGAAACACGACAAAUGGAUGAAAUUGAAGAGGGGAAAUAUGUUCGUGUCAAUGGGCAUUUGCAAAGUUUUCAAGGCAAAAGGCAAUUAGCUGCUUUUUCUGUGAGGCCUGUCACAAAUUUUGAUGAAGUCACUUUCCACUAUAUUGAGUGCAUUCAUUUUCAUUUGCACAAUGCCAAAUUGCGGAGCCAAGGUGGUACCCUGACUCAGGCCCAGGUAACGGAAUCAUCAACAAAUACUCCACUGCACAGUACAUCAAAUGGAUGCCAGACACCCUCGUUUAAUAAUUUCACCAUGGAUGUCAGCACUGAUGGACUCAAGGGCUUUGAUAAUUUGGUCCUAAACUAUCUGCAGCAACCUUCAAACAUUGAACGGGAAAUGGGGGUGCACCUAGAAGAAAUUGCCCGACAGUUGAAAGCUCCCAUUGAGAAGAUCAAGGAUGCAAUUGAGAUUCUUGAGAAGGAAGGUUUAGUGUACUCCUCCAUUGACGAUUAUCACUACAAAGCCGUGGAAGGUUGUUAGCUUUUUGCUACUUGACUCUGAUUUUGGGAUCUACAGGCCAAUUAUGUUUUCGUUGGGUUUUGGUUUGUUGUUUUGCAAUGUAAGUCUAUAUUGAAAGGAUGCUUAGCAUCAGCAAUGCAAUCCUUCUCCUUAUGUAAGUGAAUGACUUUGAAAUGAAUGAUGCAAGUAACUAUAUGGUCUGGACUUGAAACUACGGAUACCUAACAGGUUAAAUGCUGUUUUGAUAGGGAAAUCAAGAUAGUGAGUUUUA